AUGGAGGAAAAACUUGAGGUAAUAAUAUUAUUUUAAAGUAACCUUAUACUAUAUAAUGUGUAUAACUUGAACCUCAAAAUAAAAAUCACUGAAGAAAAACAUAAAAAUAAUUGCUUAAACUUAAAAUUAAUUUAAAUGUUUUUGGUACUUGUAUUUAAUAUUUUUAUACUUUUACAAAAAAAAAACCUAAUAUACUGCCUGUAAUUUUAUAAAAUGUUUAAUAUUGACCAAGUUUGAUUUUAUGUAUUAAGUAUUAUAAUAUAACUAAUAAAUAUAACAGCUGGGCUUAUUUCCUGGCAUUCAUAUUAUUAAUUUAUAUGGAAAUUGACGUGGAGAUUUAUUAUUGAUUAAACAUUUAUUUUUAAGAAACCUUUUGUUCCAUGUGAAUAUCAAUCUGAGCUUUUAGAGGAAGUAAAAAAAGAGAAUACAAUCUUAUUUUUGCCAACUGGUAGUGGAAAAACGUAUAUAGCUACAAUGUUCAUUAAAGAAAUGGGAGAAUGUUUAAAUAAGUUAGUAUAUAAACAUAUUAUAGGAAAUAAUAAAUUUAAAAUAUUGGUGUUUUUAAUAAUUUAUAACUAUUUGCAGGCCUAUAGGCAAAGGAAGAAAAUGGACAUUUUAUAUUGUGCAAUCUGUGCCAUUGGUAAACCAACAAGCAAGCAGUCUAAGACGACAUUUACCUUGGAAUAUAGGCACAUUUAGUGGUGAUAUGAAUGUUGAUUUUUGGACUCGAGAUCAAUGGAAUAAUAUAUUAGAAAAAUGUCAUGUAAGUAUCUCGAUAGUAUUUAAUAUCUUCUAUCUUUUUCUUUGCCUUCGUCCUAACUAUUUGGGGCCGUUUUAAAUCCCACCUUACAUUUACUAGCUGUCUUUAUAUUAUUUCCAAUUACAUCCAACUACCUCUAGUUUGAUUUUCAAAAUAUGCAAAACAGGAUUAAGUGUCAGGUGUAUUAAGUGAUAAGUGAAUUCCAAUUAUACUUAAAGAAAAAUUCUUCUUCAGUUAAGCAAGACCGACUUUUUUUUUUGGAGUCUUGGUUAGUAGACAGAAAAAUAGAACAAAAAAUGAGUGUAAAACAGAUGAGACUGCUUAGGUGAAUGAGUUGAAUGACUAGACAAUAUAGGAUAAGGAAUGAGUUUGUAAGAGGAGGCGCGUGGAUUUGGUAGUAGGCAAAAUGAAAGAAAUUAGACAGAUGAUUUGGUUAUGUUAUGAAGAGAGAGGAAUCAGAAGCAGUAAGAAUUGUAAUGAAAAUAUAUGUAUGAGGAAAGAAAGGGAUAAGAAGACCAAAAAAGAAGCGGUUAAUUGCGAAUAAUAUGAGGAUGUCGGAUAUAUGCAAGGGCAAUGUGGGGAUUGGGUUAGGUGGUCAAGGAUAGCUGAACCCAGAUAGUUGAGAUGAAGGUGAAUGAGAAGAUUUUUUUGGAAUAUGAGUAUAAAAAUAUAUUUAUGGUACUUAUAUUUAUAGAAUGAGGCAAAGUUUUUUUUAACCAGAUUAUUUUAAUUUAAGAACUAUUUAAUAAUAAUAAUAACAACUCAAAGGGGUAAAUAGUACAAUUUACAAAAAAGUAUUACAAUAUAGAAUAUAAUUAGUAGUACUUAUACAUACUUAUAUAUACCUAUACAGUAUCCAUUGUAUGAAUUUAAUUGUUAAGCUAUAUAUAAUUAAUAGCUUAUUAUUUUUUUUAUUUGAUAAAUAAAUCACAAUCUAUACAAGCAUGUACAUUCAGCAAAUGAGAUGAAAGAAUAUGAUUAAUGACAUUGAGUAUUUAGAAAAAGGAAAAUUACCCAGUGGUAACACUCAGUAAUAGCUUAAUUUAAAUUCACUAAAAUUUAUUUUUAAUUUUGUAAUAGACCCAACAUAGGAAUAGGACUUGGAGGAAGAAUGUUUAAAAUAAUUCAAACUCCAAUUUGAGUAAAAAAAUAAUUAAUAUUUUCCACACAAAAAACUCCAAUAAAUUCAAUUCACAAACAUAAAAAUAUUUCAAAUCCAAUUUAAUUUCACACAUAAAAUUAUUUUAAGUCCAAAAAUAUUUCAUAAAACAGAGAGACGUGAAGUUGCUCGCAUUUGAUCGUAGUGGACUUGUCUGAUUCGACAAUGUUUCAGAUGGCGAUAUAUGUUCUGAGAGAUCCCUGCGACUUGUCGUUCAUAGGGCGGCUAUCUACAUUAUUUAGUGAGUGGUAUUAUUUUAUACUUCCUGGAAUCUAAGUAUUGUUCAUCGGUUUGCGCGUUUUAUUUUAAAUAUUACAUGUUUAUUUUACGAUCGUAUCUCCUCUCGCGUUGUUGUGCACACAUUGACAAAAAAGGGUACAUUUUACUAUUGUUUUCGGUUUCCCUUUAUUUUGGUUGUUGACUUUAUCGUUUCAUUAUACAUUUUUGUACUAUCUUAUAUACCGUCGCCGACGCGUCGUGGCUAUCUUUUUUAUUUUAUUCUUGGUAUAUUUCUGUAUUAUUUAAAAUGUUCAUAUUAUUUAGAUUAUACGUUUACUUUACGGCCGUUGUUUUAUGCUUAUCUGUGCCCUUGGUUUAUAAAAUGUACAAUUGCAUUUUAUAGAAAUCUUAGCUCUCGGUUUUGUUUGUGAUCCCCCUUAUGAAUAAUAAUUAAUUCGGAUUCACGCGCGUAUACUUAUAGUAGCUUGUGGACACGCAUAUUAAUAUAUGAAUCAAUGAAGAAUUACUAAUUUGGAAUGGUGUUACAUUCAUCUAAACGACGGUAUUUUGAACUGUAUUUGAUUAUGUUAGAUGAACAUUGAAGUUCUAAAAAAUGAGCAAUUGUGCCUGAAGUUAAAAUCUGAAAUUUUAUAGCCAAUUCUCUUUAGGUGUUCAGUAUAUAUGUUCAUCGACAAUCUAAAUUAUCAAUCUGAUAAAUUUUGAUAGUCCUCAUCAAAUUCGAUUAAUCUGAUUACUAACAGAAUGCCAGAUACUUCUCAAUGCAUCGGACCAUCAAUCAACAAAAUAGUCGGUUCGCUAGACUCUGGAAACGUGUUAUCAAAAUUAUGUAGUGUUAUCAGCAUUUAGCCAUAACGGUUUUUUUUGUCGUUUUAUAUUUUAAUAUAUUUAUUAAAUUGAAAUAUAAUAUAUUUAUAUUAUCAGGUUAACAUUUAUUAUCAAAUAAUUGUUUAGAUUACGCGAUAGAGUAUUCUGCGUUUUAAUAUAAAUCGGUGUUUUUUAACACUCAAUUAGAUGAAUAAUCAGGCGUUUCAUCUGAUUGAUAAUUGGGGUUAUCGAAGACCACAUGGAUAGUAUUUUGUUAUUAAUUAAUUAAUAUACGAAAGCCAUGCCAUUAAGCAAACACUUGAGGCUAGCAGCUGGUUCUAGUCUUAUUUUCGAGUCUAUAGCCUCCAAAGAGGCGUCUACUCGAUUGAGUUCAUGUGCCAUUAUUUUUAGAAAUCGUUAAAUUUAUUCUAACUUAUCAAUUCGAUUAUUUUGUUUAUGGUUCCAUAUCACUGAUGAAAAUUCUAAUAUCGACCUUACAAGAGAGCAGUGUAAAACUUCAGACAGUUUAUGUCUUUUCUUCUGAUUACAUUUUAUAAAGUAGAUUGUAAAAAUGUUCUAUAAAUAGAAUCAAUAUUAACAUUAAAUAUCAAGUUAAUGUAAAUAACAGGAGAAUACCUAGAUGCUACAUGAUAGAAAAUGUGUGAAGUUCAGAACCAUUUAUUUAUGAAUUAGUAGACUUAACCUGCUGCAUUUUUCUCAGAACUUUUACUUCUAGUCUGUGGACACGUUUUUUCCUAGUAAACUUGUUCCGAUUCUUACAACUUUUCUGAAAGGUCAAGUUGUCUAGAUGAUACUGAGAAGAUAAUGAUUUUCGAUGCUAUUUUUUUUAAAUAAAAGCAAUCAAGUGGGAAAAAAAACGUACAAUUUCAUGAUUUCAUUAUUUUAUAAAAACAUGGACGACGUUUUCCAUCAGAAAAAAUGAUUUAAUUGAAAAAUCACAAGAUACCUUUUUGAUUUACUUUUUUACUGUAUCAUUGUCAAAACUUUUGAGCUUUUAAAGAAUUUUAAUUUUUGGGAGUUUUUUUGCUGUAAUUUGGGUAUAAAUACACUUGAAGACUUGAAACUUGGGAAUGAUACUUAUAUUAGACUUACCUAGACAUAGUAAAAUUUCUGAAAAAUCAGACAAAUUUUUUUGUGUUGAAAUCAAAUUUAAAUAAAAAUCGUAAAAAAAAUUACAGCACUUCAAAUUAUGUAUUACCGAACUACACUUAGAAUCGUGUUUUGUCAGCAAUGAUUUAUCAUUGUUUACAGGUAUAAAUGAAAUAACCUUAUAUAUCCUACCUUCCUAACUUCUCACCUACAACAGUGGCCACUCCCAUCCCUAGUAUAAGAUUUUUUUUUUUGUUAUCUUUUGUAAUUGCUAAUUUAUGAUAAAAGAAUGAUAUAAUGUAUAAUAUAUUAUUAAGUAUAAGGAAUUCAAUUUCUAAUUUCAACAUGCAUCUUUCAUAUUACUUUUGUAUCCUUGCUGUAUAUAUUACAUUUAGAAAAGAAAAGUCAAAAUAGAAUUUAAUAACAUAAUUGUCAGUUAAAAAAUUUCUUUCUAAAAUUAUAUCUUUAAUUUCCUCUUUGGCUUUAUCCAUUAUAAAAUGGGUAAUUUGAAUUUGUGUUUAACUAAGAUUCUUGCCUUCCAUGUCUUCAUAUCUAUCACCAUCUCUCCUCAUCUAUUUUAAUUACAUUCAUACUCGUCUUAUUAACUUCUAGACUCAAAUAUUGUGUUUAGGAAGCAAUCAUUUUAAAAUUUAAAAUUUAAAAAUUAAUUUGUAUUUAAAUAUUCGAUAACUAAUUAGAUCUAAAUCCAAUUUUCAGCAUAUUUCGUGAAUAACCAAUGAAUAUUCAUGAAUACUUUCAAUUGAAGAGUAACUAAACUGAUAACUGAUAAGGGCAUGUCCAAGUUUUGGACUGUUCAGUUCUUUAUUUAGACGAUCUAUAUUAAAUGAUUUUGGAUAAAAAAAACUUGACAUUUUAUAAUUUAUAAUCAAAUUUACUUUUUAAAUUUUAAAUAAUUUCUGUUUUGUCCCAAUUUAAAAUUAAUGGUUAACUUCUAUUUAUAAUUUUCAGGUUAUAGUAAUGACUGCUCAGAUAUAUUUAAACCAUCUACGUCAUGGUUACAUAAAUAUAUGUAAUGCAAAUUUAAUUAUUAUUGAUGAGUGUCAUCAUGCUGUAUCAAAUCAUCCAUUUAAAAAGGUUUGUUAAUUUAUUUUUUUUAAAAAUUUUUAGAACAAUGUAGAUAGUAAUAUUAGACAGUAUUAAUUUAAAUGUUAGUAUUAAGGCGGCUUUUAGUAACUAUUUUUUAAAGGAAAAAUUUAGUCAAUUUAUUAUUUCAUUGCUUCUACCAAUGAUCUUAGUUUUUAGUUUUUUUAAAUUAUCAUUAUUGUGAGUAUAAUUAAAUGUGUGUACUGUUUUAUAUUUAAUUAUCUUUUAAGAUGAUGUGACAUAUUAUAUAACAUAUUUAAUAACUUAUAUAAUAACAUAUUAUAUUUAAUAACUUAUAUAUUAACAUUAUAUAUUAAUAACUUAUGUGAUGCCUCGUGCUUAUCACAAUCUUAUCAUAGUCUUAUCAUUACAACAUCUCCUUUAGGAAUACAAUAUAUAGAAACUUAAUAAAUAUAGGUANCAAUACUUAAAUAUGAUGCUUACUAACUAAACAAUACAAAUACUAAUUACUAGUUCUUAAGAUUCUACAAAUUAAGUUUAUUUGGUUUUUUAAUUUAUCUACCAGCACUUGUUCUAAUACACCCUGUCAUUUCUGUUUUCUUACUAUCCUCUAGUUGUUUCCUGUUAUUAUUGCUAGUGAUUAACAUCUGACUCCCAGAACCUUUAUUCUCAUUACUGUCAUCUUUAUCGUUAUCUUUCUUACUAUCAUCAUCCCCUUUUUUAUUUCUAUAUUCAUAUCAUCAUUAAUAAACUUGUCCUUAAUCUUAAAUUUCUUUUUUAUAUAACAAUUAUUUCUUCUCAAUACUUUCCCUUUUGCAUUUUUCACAUAGUAUGACCUGAGCCAUUUUGUUUUCUUUACUAUCUCUCCUUCAUCCCAUUCUUUUUUAAAAUUAUCAUAUAUAUAAACUUUUUCACCUUCUGUAAAUUGUUUUUCCUCGGGCCCUGCAGUUUUAUCAUACCAAUGUUUCUGAUAAUUUUCUUGUUUUUGCAUUUCUUCAGCACAAUUUACUAAUUUUAGUUUAAAAAUGUUUGGAUUUAAAAAAUUGGUAAGUGUUCUUAGCUCCUUUGCCAUUAACAAUUGUGCAGGCGAGUAUUCCAAACCUGCCACUGGACUAUUUCUAUAAUUGAGUAAAAAUAAAUUGAGAUCUUUUUUCUCAUAUCUAGCUUUGGUAAUCCAAAGGUCUUUCAUGCUGUUUUAAUGGUUCUAUAAUUUUUUUGAUACUAAAUUUUAUGCAAGUUUCACAUAUACUUAUUGCAUUUGUUAUAUCUGAUGCCAUACCAGGCCAAAAAAAAAUUUGUUUGAUUUUUUCAAAGUUUUGUUUAUACUUAAAUGUGUUUCAUGUAAUUUUUUAAUAAUGUACUUACACAUAACUCUAGGUACAACUAAACGACAUCCAUAAUAAAUUAAACCUUUUUCCAACGUUAACUCAUAUCUUAUUUUAUGAUAGUGUCUUAUAUCCCCUACACUAUUUAUUUUUUUAGGUCAUCCCUCUUUUAGAUACUGUUCUAAAUUCACCCUCUUUAUUAUUUUUAAAUUUUAAGUUAACAACCUCCAUAGUAUGUACAAUAUCUUUAAGGGUAUCAUCUGUUUUCUCAAUUUGUAGUUUAUAAUUUCUGCUAAGCAAAUCAGCUACAUAUAAAUAUUUCCAUGGACAGUACUCUACCUUUAAGUUAUAAAUCAUCAAGUUUACCCUCAUUCUUUUAAUUCUGUUAUUCGGUAUUUUAUUUAAUUUUGUAUUCAUUAUUUUAAUCAACGGUUGAUGAUCCGUUACUAUAAUUACUUUCUGUCCAUAAAUCAACCCAUGAAAUUUUAUGCAUGAAAACUUAUUGCUAACAUUUCUUUUUCAAUUUUUUUUCAUCAUACCCCUGUUCAGUUAUACUUAAAACAUUUUGAUGCAUAAUACACAGGUUUAUCUUUCUGAAAUAGGCAACAUCCAAUAGCUUUUUGUGAUGCAUCACACUGAAUUCUGAACUCAUCUUUGGCAUCAUAAUUGGCUAAAAUGGGAAUUUUUGAUAAAAUGCUUUUUAAUGUAUUAAAUGACCUUUCACAAUUAUCACUCCUUAACCACCUACUGUCUUUCUUUAAUAAAGCUCUCAUUGACUCUACUAUAUCUGCCAUAUUUGGUAUAAAUGCCCUUAAAUAGUUCACCAUUCCUAAUACGGAUUGCAGUUCUUUCAAAUUAGUACGAUUUUUCAACUCUAAUAUGGCUUUUAUUCUAUCUUCAUCUGGUUCUAUUCCCUUUUCACUAAAUUUCAAACCUAAAUAUUUCAUUUCAUAUUUUUGGUAAUGUAUUUUAUUUGGAUUAAAUUGUAUAUUUAAUAACCUGGCCCUAUCCAUUACUUUUUGAAGAGCCUCACCGUGUUCUACCAUAAACUAAAAUGUCAUCAAUGUACACACACAUAUUUUGAAUAUCUCCAAAGUAUGUAUUUGUCAAUUGCUGGAACAAUUCAGGUGCACAUGCUAUGCCGAAUGGUAGUAUAUUAAAAUUGUGUGUACUAUAUGGUGUACUGAAUACACAAUAUCUUUUUGAACCUUCUUUCAACUCACGUUGAUAAAACCCAUCUUUCAAGUCCACUAGUGUAUACAAUUUUUUAUUCGUUAGUUUAUUUUUAACUUCAUCUAGGGUUGGAAUUUCAACCAUUUCUCUCACAAUAUUCUUAUUCAAGUCCCUAGGGUCUAAACACAUUCUAAGUGAUUUAUCCGGUUUUUCAAUUACUACUAAACUGUUUUGCCAUUCAUUGGUUCUUUACUUUUCUCAAUUAUUUUCUUAGAACAUAAUAUUUUUAAAAGUUCCUAAAAGUUAAUUUUCCCAUUAAUUGUAUAGGGACACGUCUGAGACUAUUUAUUAUUGAUUCAGUUCCAUGUUUUACCUUUAUCUUAACUUUAUCUGGAAAACAACCAAUACCUGUAAAUACAUCUACGUGUUUUUUUAUAAACUUUUCUGUGCUAACUUCUUUUAUCUCAUUUAACUCACUAAUAUAGUUCAAUUGUUUACAAUCCUUUUACCCUAAAAUUGGGUUUCCAUCAUAUUCCACAACUUCAAAUAUUGUAAUAAUUUGUACUGACUGACCUACAACAGCUACCUGUACUUUACCUAAUGACUUAAUUAUUGUCCCACCAAACACUUUGAUUACCACCUUACUGUUUUUUAUUUCUGUCUUUAAUUUUUUAUAAAACUUAUUCGGAAUUACAUUUAAUUACGCCCCUGAUCAAUCUUUACUUCAGUGUUUAUGCCAUUAAUUUUAACCUUUUCUAACCAAAUAUUAUUAUUGUCUUUGUUAUCUAUUUCAUCUAAUGUCAAAUACUCUAUACUCAUAUUAUCGCUUUCACAUUCAACCAUGUCAACUUGUCUAUUGUUUUUACAUUUGUAGGCAAAAUGAUUUAACUUUUUACAUAUACUAUACUCUUUUUCAUAUGCUGGACAUUCCCUAAAUUUAUGUUGCUUACCGCAUUUAUUACAAUUAAAUAUCUUAUCUUGAUCAUUCUUCCCGUUGUUGUGGGUUUGAUUCUGUCUUCUCUCCUGGUUCUGCUCAUUUCCUUGAUUCCGUGUUCUUUUCUUGUAUUGCUCCAUUAUAUCAACUUCUUUAGUUUGAUCUUCCAAUAAUUUGCUGUUUACCUCAGCUUGUUCCACUGCUUGACUCAAUUGAAUUUGCUAUUAUCCAAUGUUAAUUCUUCUCUCAGCAUUCUGGUUUGUAACUCUUUGUUUGCUAUUCCCAAUACAAUUUGUGUUCUUAGUAAUCUGUCUUCAAUUUCUCCAAAAUUACAUGUUUUAACCAAUAAUCUUAAUUCAGCAUAGUGUUUAUCAAAUUUCUUAUCACACAAUUGUUUUCUAGUAAAGAAUUUAAUAUGUUUCAUUAUCUCAUUGCACCUAGGUAUACAAUAAUUUUCCAAGUGCUUCAAGAUUGUCUCAACUGUUUCUUAAUAGGUCUACUAGGUCUCUUAAUUGACCUGUACAACUUCAGCCCAUCCGUGCCGAUUAAGUUAAGUAAUCUUGCUACCUGUGUUGUUUGAGAUUUUAGAAUCGUCUNCGCCAUGUUUUAUAUUUAAUUAUCUUUUAAGAUGAUGUGUCACCAUUAUAUAACAUAUUUAAUAACUUAUAUAAUAACAUAAUAUAUUUAAUAACUUAUAUAUUAACAUUACAUAUUUAAUAACUUAUGUGAUGUCUCGUGCUUAACACAAUCUUAUGAUAAUCUUAUCAUAGUCUUAUCAUUAUAACAUGUACCACCACUUGUUUCGUUAGCACUGUAGCAGGUAGUAGAUUGAAGUAAAUCUCAUAAUUUAUAUUGUUAUCGAAAAUGUAUUUUUCAGUUUUUUUUAUUCAUGGAGUACCUUGGUGAGGGAUUAGGUAAUUUAGGUUGUCGAAAAUUUUUGUACAUUUUGAAAGCAGUAAAUUGAGUCCCGGUUAUAAAACAAUGUUAUGAAAACCAUUUGGAAUAUUAAAAAUUAAUGAUUUGUUUCUAGGUUCGUUUCUUUGGAUACAGCACAUCAUAUUUCAUCAUUUUACAUAACUAAAAUAUGUUCUUUCUCCAGUGUUAGACCUUCAAUAUUUAUAGAUAUUAUAGUCAUGGUUGGCUCUGAAAAGGCAUUUAGGUUUAAUGGUAAGUAGGAUUGAUUGACGAAUGCUGCAUUGUGGUCACAGACAUCAAAAAUAUAUUUCGCAUGCUUGCGAUUUUGUCGUUUCAGUGACACCACGUGGAGGUUUCUACCAUGCCCCUCCUCGAUAUAUCAAUACAGAAUAAGGACUACUGGAAAUAUUUAGGAUUCCAGGUGGGUCUUUCCGCCACUGCAUGGCAGUAAAUAAUGCCAGAAGCGAAAGAAAAUACAUUUUUUUCUAAAUUUUGUAAAAAUGAGUUUUCAAUAUUUUCAUUUAAAUAACUAUUUAUAAUGUUAAAAUAUUGAUAAAAUAAAACAAUUUAUAAAUUGUAUAUAUCGCAAACUGAGGAAAAAUCGACGAGAACAAAUAGAUCCUAACUCACUUUUAACAAGGAAGGGAAUUGAGGAUUAAAAUUAUUUUACAAAAUUAGUCUAAGACAAUGGUUACUAACCUUUUUGAGAAUAUGGACCACUUAAAGUAAAAAAAAACUUUCGAUGAGCGGCAGAUCACCUCAAUUGCUUUUAAUACACAUGACAUUAUGCAGGCCAUUAACCUUGCAUAGGUCGAUAAUUAAAAAAAAACACAAAGAAAGUUAAUCAGCAAUCUUAUCUGGUAAUGGCAACUAGAUUGGGGGUUGGGAAUCUCUGGUCUAACAGUACAAAAAAUCCAAUCCCUUAGAGCCAAAUAAUAUACAACAUUUGAAUGAAUUAAUUGAAAAAUAAAUUUAAUCAUGAAAUAGAACUAAAUUAAAAACUGUUUACAUUUUAGUAUUUUAUUUUCAUAUUUUAUUAUUAAUCUUUUUCUUGUCUUAUUUGUUUUUUAUUAAAAAAAAUUAGAUAAUGCAAGUAAUUCAUGAUACUGAUUUUCAACCAAAUACUCAUCCUCGUGUACUUGGACUCACUGCUACUUUAAUUAAUUCAAAUACUAAAAAUGUGAAGGAUGAGUUAACUAAAUUGCAACAAACUUUUAGUGCUGUUAUAAAGACCAAAUAUGAAAAAAAUAUUAAAAUGUAAUAAUAGAAUAAAGAAUUCAAUAACAAGAUAUAAAUAACAAUGAUGACAGUUUUUCAGCACCACCAGAAGAAUCUAUACAUUUAUUUGAUGAGUAUAUAGUUGACAAAAAAUUGUUACCUGUUAUUGAUAAAAUAAGAUCAACAGGCAACUAUGUCAGAAAAUGUCAUUUGCCUUUUAAUAAUGAACCAAUUAUACAACAAAACAACUUUUUUUACUUCAACUGUCAAAGACAACCUUCUUGGAACUUGGAAAAUUAUUUUUUUGACAUAGAGGUAAGAAGUUUCAGUUAAAUGUUUAAAAUGCAAAUUAUUAAUGUAUUUUGUUAUUUAAGGCUAAUUUGAUUGAAAAUGGUGUAUAUGCUGCGCGUUUAACAAUUUGGCAUUAUAUUACCGAAAUUGGAAAAAAAAUAAAAAUUUGUACUCUUGCGGAGGAAACUUCAAUGUUGCUUAAUGUGAUGUCAGAAUUAACUUUAAUUCAAAAAGCUUUUAAUGAUGUCAUAAAACUCGACUCACUACAUAAUGAGUGUUCUUCAAUUUUAAUGAGAAAUGCUUCACUAAAAUUAAAACAAUUAAUACAAAUCUUAAGCAAUAUACAACGCACAGAUACUUGUUUAAUAUUUGUUGAUCGUCAAACUACAGCAAAAGUUUUGUAUCAUUUUAUCAAGGUAUUUUUUUGAGAGUAAUUUAACUAAAUUACAGACCUAAUUUAUAAAACUAUUCAUAUGAUUUAUUAAUUCUUUAUAGUGCUUAGUGCAGGACAAUUAUCUUCCAAAUAUUGAAUGUGAUUUUAUAGUAGGAACAAAAAUAAUGUACAACCUUGAUUCUAAAGAAAUGAUUUAUAAGAAAUAUCAAAAUAAUGAUAUUAUUAAACGGUAUUUAAAAUAUUUUGUAUUACAUUUACUAUACACAGUUAAUAUAAUUAUAUUUGAAGAAAAAAACAAAAUAUUUAUUUUUAGCUUUAAUGAAAAUACAAUUAAUGUGUUGAUAACAUCAGAGGAACUUGAGGAAUGUGUUGACAUUCAAACUUGUAAUUAUGUCAUAAGAUAUGAUUUUCCGAAAAACUUUCCAUCUUAUGUACAAUCCAAAGGCAGAGCACGGUAUUAUGGGAGUAAAUUUAUUGUAAUGGUGCCAAAUAUAAUAAAAUUUAAAAAAAUACAUAGUGAGUUUGCUAAAAUGGAAGAAGAUAUAAUUAAGGUAUACUGCUAAUUAAAUUAAUAUAUAUUUAUAAUUUGUAUGGAUCAAUUUUAUUCGGGAAAACUUCUGAGAAAAUCAAAAAAUUACCUCUUUUAAGUACCUUAAGUCAUCAUUGUAGAACAGAGUAAAAUUGCAAGCAGAAAAGUUGUGCACAGAAAAAAAAAAGUUGUAAUGUUUUAUUAAUAUUUCGUACAUUUUCGGUUUUUUUUUUCGGUAUUUCACAUUUGAUAAGAAAACUCUUGAGUAAUCAAAAAAUUAUUUCCCUAAAUUAUCUCCACACACCGAUUAUCUUUGAGAAAAGGUGUUACACUUAAAAUUUAGAGCAAUAUUUUGGUAGAAAAGUUGCAAACAGAUUAAAAAAUAAAAUAAUAGAAAAUAAACAUCUUUGUAAAACCAUAGGCUUCUUCGCUCCACUUAGAAUUGAAAAUAAUAUAUUUAUUAAGCUUUUAUGACUAUGUUUGCAAACCAAUGACCUUCACGGUAAAUCUUAUGAAUUUGGUAGACACAUUUUAAACACUUACCAAUUACCGAUGAUCAAAUUGGUUGUUGAUAUAAAAUAAUAUAUUAUAAUAUUUAAUUUUUCUAAUCUUAUAUUGCUAAUGGAAUAUUAAUAUAUUUAUCAAUAUUUUGAACAAAUGAUCUUCUAAAUAAAUUUCACGUUCAUCAAAAAUAUAUGCUUAAUUCAAAAUAAGUUCAAUUCAACUGAACUUCAUUUUUGUUCAUAAUUUUUGAACUAGUUUAUUCCGAGGUCUGCAGUGUUGUAAGUUAUAAUUUUAAAGAAAUAAAAAAUAAAAAAUUAGACAGUAAGUUGGAUACUGAGUAUAGCUUGGGAAAACAAUAUGUUAUCCACUGGGUCCUGAGUAUUGAUUGAGAAAUAAUUUACACGCAUAAUGAUUAACUGAAACAUCUCAAAUAAUGUAUUUGUCUAAUUUUUUUUUUUUUUAUAGUUAUUAACACUGAAUGAAAUUGAUAAUGAUAAUAUUGAAGAAAAUGUAAAAGAAGUUUUUAAGACUAAAUUUGCAAUAUUAACACAUGAAAUAGCUAUUAGUAUUAUUAAUAGGUAUUUGAUUUUUAUCUUACUUUUAGUUUGUUUAGUUUUUAUAAAAGAAAUUUAUCUAAAUAUUUAGAUAACACUUAAAUUUGUGUAACUGACAAAACUAGAUUACUAUGGGAUUGUGUGGUAAUUUGGAGAUUUCAAAAUACAUAAUGUUUAAAUGUCAAUAAAUGUCUACAGUUCAAUUAAAAGGGCGUUAUAUCUACAUUUGCUGUUUCCGUCUUAUAAACGUAAAUUAUCAUUUAACAGGGACAACUUUGUACUGUGAGUUUUAAUAUUAGAAUGAAAUGAUCUAUAGUUAUUAAAUCUAAAGAUGAGAAUAUUAUCUGUGGAAUGUUGGUGUUAUUUGUUUUUUAUGACUAUUUUACAUUUUGGGAAUAAAAAAAAGUCACAGAGUGUAAAAUUUCCAGUCAAUGCAGCACUCUCUUCGCCUCAACUUUUGGUCCGGUGUCAGAAGCUUUGGGACAAUUUUCGCACACAAUUUUUUCAGUUCUAAAUUUUCCGUCAAAAUUAUGUACACGAAUGAUUUUCCGAUAUUCAGCAUAUCAGCCAACAUCCAGACAGUCAUUCUUCGAUCGGAAAGCACAAGAGACUGCACACGUUCGAUGUUAUGGUCGUCACAAGUGGUUAAAGGACGUCCUGGCCUCAUAUCGUCUUUGCAGUCUUCACGGCCCUCUAGGAAAUCCUUAAUCCACUUAAAAAGAGCGGUUUUCUUCAAAGCAUUAUCUCCAUAAACAGUACUUAACAUUCCAUGAAUUUGUACCGAGGUUUUUCCAAAUUUCACCAAAAUUUGAUGAUCACUCUUUGUUCAGUUAAUUCGUCCAUUUCCAUUUCGACAAAAGAAAAAAACUAAACACUAAAACUACACGUGUGCUGUUUGUAGAAUGAUGUCUCGACGAUCGGCCGGUAACUGUCGCAUUAUCAGUAGUUGUAAAGUAUGCCCAGAAUAGUACGAUGCCGUACUUAGACCCACCGACUGCUGUAGAUAAUCAGUUCGCGUAUUUAUCGGACAUACUACAUGUAUCUAGUACCACGGAAAGGCUUGUGCCUUCUAGACGCAGGUUAACCACCCUACCUAGGAAACUGUCGGACAACAGACAUUGGUAAAAUACUUUUAAAAAGUAUUAAGAAUAUAUAUUCGAAUACUAUCUAAAAAUGUAAAGUUAAAUUCAGAUGAUAGGAAACUAGAUAUUAUAUAAUGAUAGUUAACAUAAUUAUGUUUAUGUAGUAUAUUAUGUUGUGCAAUAAGAAGUUCUGGGUUUUUCUACGAAUGAUUCUAAAAUUGUUCUGAAGUUAAGCUAUGCAGCUAAGUUACGUUCUCAAGAUUGUCUAGGUGUAUUUCAGUACCUAUAUUUUAUCAAACAUUCAGUACCUACCUUCAUGCAUAAUAUAAUGUUUAGUCACGUCAUUGGAACAAGUCGUGUGAACGUGGCUUUAUAUUGUUAAUAUAUAGAACUGUUCACAGGAUUGAUUACGUCCAAUUCCGCAGCUCUGCAAUGAGAAAAAAACAAUUUCAAAAUAACUCAAAAUAGUCGACAUUUCUAUUUAACAAAUUUUGUUUGUUAACGAUUUGCGCUGUCAAAUAACACUAUUAUAAUAUGCAAUUGUUUCACAAUUUUCCUGUAAAAUAUAUUGUAAAAUGAGUGACAAAAAGUAUUUUUUUUAAGGAAUAAAAUACUUUCUAAAAAUAUUCAGAAUACAGUAUUGAAUAUUGGCGCAGCCACUGUUAUAGAUAAUUUAAUGAAUACCUAUAUGCAACAAUAAACCAUUUCUAACGAAAAAACGAUUUUGAGAGGAGUUCAGUUGAUAGAGAUGCUUUGUCAACAAUAUAUAUGUAAAAUAAUUAAAUAGACUUUAUUUAUUUCUUUGAUAAUAUUUGUUUAAUGUUGUACCGAUUUUCCCAAUUUGUCUACAUUUUUCCCGAUUUCUCACAUUUGCUGGGAAAACUCCUGUGAAAAUCAAAAAAUGACAUCUUUAAAGUACCUCUUUAGUAAAAUUUCUUUUUAAAAACAUUGUUAUAUUUGAGUAAUAUAUUUCAUAAAUUUUCGUGUUUUUUUAAAUUUUAUAAGAAAACUUUUGAGAAAAUCGAAAAAUUGCAUCCUUUAGUACCUCCCCACAUCAAUUUUCUUUCAGUAAACGUGCUACACUCCGAGCAAGUCUUCUGGUAAAAAAUUUGUUAACAAAUAGAAAAAAAAAAGCAUCAUUGUAAAAUCAUAAGCUUCUUCGCUCCAUUGAAAAUCUAAAAUACAGUAAUAGUUUUAUUAAAACUUACUACUUUGUUCUAAUUUUAGUACUAAACUAAUUUUAUUAUGUAUACAAUAUUUGGUUACAUAAAACAAUACAUAAAUUAUUUUAAAUUGAUAAUAUAUAUUUUAUAAUUAACUCAGAGCCGGCCCUAGUGAAUUUUUAUACGUAGGCAAAACUUAAUUUUGCACCCCUGUAAUUUAAUCAUUUUUCUUCCAAAUAAAUAGUCUACAAGUUUUUGUUUUUUUGUUUUGAACUUAAGUAAAACUUGUAUAGUGUACAUACUACAUAAUAAUAUAUAGGUUAGAUUUAUUGACAUUUAUUUUUAAAAUAAAUUCAAAAUUGGAUUUUUGAAUAGUGGUUUUAAUUAAUUAAUUAUUGUUUAUUAUCAAAAUAUUUAAAACAUUUGUAUUUUGUAUUAUAAUUAGAAUAAUAAUUAUAAUAUAAUUUCUAUUCCUAUAAAAAAAAACAUAUUUGUUAAAAUAAUAAUCAUAUUUAAAAUAUUUAAAAUAAAAUGUUUAUAAUUUAACCUUAAUUUAAAAAAUUUAAUUUUCUUGCUUUUAAAGAUUUAAAAUUUUGACGAGAUCAUCAAUGUCUAAUUUUUUAGCGAUUUCAUGUUCAACAACAUUGAUGUCAGAACUUAAUGAAUCAAAAAAAUAAAUAUUUAUAUAUAUUAUAAAUAUAAUAUCAUUAAAAUUUGUAUAUCUUCUGUUUAUCUCCAAAAUACCCAUUAAAUCUGAAGUUAACUUGCAAAAGAUUUAGUAUUACCUAGUUAAAUGUUAAUUUUAAUUAUGUAGUUUCUUAUUUUUUUGGGGUUUUGUAGGUAUUGUUUUUUUUUGCCACAAGAUCGUUUUACCAAUUUGACUCCAGAAUGGUAUGUCGCUGAAAAUGAUAGUAAUUGUAAAAAAUACAAACUCAAACUACCAAUUAACGGUGCCAUUCAAACUACUAUUGAAGUAUUAGCAUACAUUUAUUUUAUUUUUUGAGUAUUAAGAUAUGUCAUAACCUGCAUAUAUACUGUCUCAGUCUAACAAGCAGACAAAAUAUCAAAUAGAAUUUGAUAGACCCAGCAAUAUCAAGAACUGUGACCCUUGACUUUUGCUUUGUCUUUUUACUAUGGUAUCACCCAUGCCUGAUUGCAGUGCUGACACUAUUAAUUGUUUGAAUAUUAUUGCCCACUUCCACUAAGAGGUAUUCAGCAUUGGUAAUACUCAUGUUUAAUGCUUUCAGCAACCUUAUAGGAUCUGAAAAUAACAAGGUUCCUACCUUAAUCAUGAUAGCUGGUAUUUCAUUAGUUUAGGCUUUGUAUAAAAAUACGCUACAGCUUGUAUAUCAUCCACCUUAUUAAUAAUAUAUAAUAAUAAUAAUAAUAAUAUUAAUAUUAAUACCUUAGAAUUUCUUGUCUUCUCUACAUUUGUCAAAUCUGUGGGUGACCUGUAUUUUCGGAAAUUCCAUAUAUAAUUUAACUGUUUGUUUUUCUUUCUUAAGACUUUAUUUUUAAUUUUGCUUCAUCCAAUGAAGUCAGCACUCUGAUAUUAGUUUUCAUGAUCUCAUUAUGCAGAUCCUUUGAAUCAUUAUCAAAUAAAGACGGGCCCUGUUCCUUCUUAAUGUUGUCAUUACCUUAUCAAUGAAUGCUUGACCAUUUAAUUAGACUGUGACAGUAAAUGUUGAUAUUGCGUCUUUCAUACUACUAAAACAAACUUAUUAUUCAUUUAUUUUUAUAAUUAAUGCAUUAUUUGUGUACUUUAAUUUUGAAUUCUUUUUUUUUUUGCGAAGGGAUCAUUUUGUAAAAGUAAAAAAAAUGCUAAAAAAAGUGCAGCAUUUAAUGCAUGUGUUGAAUUGUAUCAAUGUGGAGCAUUAGAUGAUCACUUGUUACCUAUAAAAGUUAAUAAUGAACCUAUAUUUAAAGAUGUAAAUUGGUUUCCACAUUGGGACGAAAAAGAUAUUGAAGCGGCCUCAUAUAAUUUAAAACCAGGAACUAAUAAAAUGAAAAGAAUGGUUAAUAUUAAAGUAAGUUAUUACACUCUCUUAUUGUCUAUGUAGUAUAACAAUUNCAUAUUUACAUGUAAUCCAUUGCACUCCUACAUAUGACCAUUUGAGUGAUAUAAAAUAUGAAACAUUUGAUAAACUAUUAAGAUCAAAUAAAGAAUUUGGAAUUUUAACAUCAGCAAAAUUACCACAUGUAAGUUAAUCGAUCAGAUAUUUUUAUUUGUAUGUUAAUGAAUCAUAACUAAAUAAUUUAAAAUUGUUGGUGACGUUUUCUGAUAUUAUCUAUUUAGUUCAAAUCAAUGUAGUUUUAGACCGUUAGUCUACCAAAACUAAUCUACUAUGCUUUUACUUUGAUAUACUUAAACCUGUUGUAAAAGGUCUUCAAGUUAAUGUCAUUUUUACUGACUUUCAUAAAGCGUUUGAUUCAGUAAACCAUCAGAUUCUUAUUAAUAAGUUAAAGCUAAUUGGCUUUUUUGGCCACUUAUUAAAUUGGUUUAAAUCUUAUUUAAUUGAUCGUCAUCAGCAAAUAAUAAUGAAUGGUUAUUUAUCUAAUUAUAAAGUAUUAUCCAGUAUCCCACAAGGACAUUUAUCUCUGUUGCUGUUUUAAUUUUUUUAUUUGUUAUUGGUUCAUGUUUUAAUUCUUGUCAAUUUAAGCUAUUUGCUGACAACCUUAAACUCUAUUAUACUAUUAUUGGUGAAAAUGAUUGCUUUACUCUUCAAAAAGAUCUUAACAGACUUCAAGAUUGGUGUAUUGAAAAUAAAAUAAAUUUCAACUAUACAAUUAGUAAUAUUCUACUACCCUAUGUUACCAUGAUCAAUGAUCUUAAAAUUACAUUUCAAUCUGGCCUCUUAUUUUUUACUCACAUUGACUAAAUAUGUUUAAAAGCCAUAAAAAAACUAGGAUUCUUAAUUAGAUCUACUUUAUCUUUUACUGAUAUUUAUUGUUUAAAUACCCAUAUACUGUUCUCAAGUUUGCUCUAUAUUAAAAUACGGGUCUAUUGUAUGGUUUCCAUUCUCGUCUUGUCAUAUUAAUAAAAUUGAAAGGGUACAAAGAUUUUUCAUUGGUUUUAAAUUAAAGUACCAUACAACACAAAAAUCAUUUUUUUUUUUUUAUAUUACGUAUUAUUAUUAUUACAAAUUUGUAAAUACAAAAAAUGUAAACAAAAAUUUUCAUCGAUGAUUCGUUUUGUAGUUAGUUUUAAAAUUUACGCGUGACGUCAUAAGAUCCAACUCUACAGCGCGCGGUGCGGCGGCUGUGUACGUAUGUUAUUAUCGGGAAAAACAGAUGCAUUAUCGGUUAUUUUUUAAACGACUGUUAUUAUUUUAUUAUCAGUAAAAAUAAUUGUAUCUGUAUCUAGCAUAGAGUAAUACUCUGCCAUAGAGUGUUACUUUUGAGAAUUUGUCACCAAACAUUAUUCCAACUGUAUCUUUUAUUACUGGCAAUACUAAAUUCUCUCCGAUAGUAUGUGGUUUGCCAGCUUUUGCGAUUCGUAAACUUAUCAGGUACGAAGCAUGCAUAGCUUUUUCAUUGACCUUGGUGAACUGUGUAAUUUUUGUUUUGGACGUGUUCAGUUCUUUCAACUUUGUUUCGAAAUAAGAGAGUGGUUGAUCUAUCAGGUUAGGAUGCUUAGUCUCAAUAUUCAGACGUAAUUUAUUCGGACGCAUACUCUCGUUUGCAAGUACUUUAAAAUAAAUUACACACUGUGGUCGUUGUUUAUCAUUAUCUUCUUUCCAAGAAAAACCAAUUUCUAGGUACUCUGAAUCAUACUUUCUUGUCUUUUUUUUCGUUUUAAAACUGAAGUUGAAGGUUCGUUUUCAUGAGUUUCAAUUUUUCGCUUAUUUACCAACUAUUUAUCCAUCAUACAAUUUUUGUAAAUAAUCUGUCUCAGAAAUAGCGCGCACAAUCACACCAAGUAAUCGAUCGCACCAAAACGAACGCACGCGAUACAACACACUAAUACACGUGCACGACACAUUAACUAAAAUUACAAGUCGGCGAUGAUACAGCGUAACGACUAACUGAAAUUUUACAGACAACUAGUUGCUGAGUACCGACUUUAUUAUCAUAUUUAAUCGAAAUAUUUUUGCGAUAACGGCGUACCAAAAAUACCCAUCGUAAUAAUUCCAAUAAUAAUUCUUAUAUUACUUUAUACUUCUAUUAUAGUUCUAUAGUCUUUACAAUUUAAAAAACAUAAAUUUCUUACAAUCUAUAUAAUUAAAAAAAUUCGCGAUCCGCAGUUUUAGAAACGCUGCUCUUUGGCAUGAAUUAAGAUUAUAGUUAUCUUUAGAGUUGAACGAGUAUCGUUUUUGAAUGUCGAGUCGAGUUUCAAUUAUUUCGAGUCGAGUCGAGCUCAAAUGUCGAGUAUUUGAAAAAAUUCGAGUACUAAAUCUUUCAUAAAAAUCUUGCCCUAACAAUUAUAAACACAACAAAAAAAACAGCCACAUCGGCCAUUCUCAAGCGAUGAUCUUUCAUAUACAUGCUGCAAGUAAUUUUUAUACUACCAUAUUAGUUUAUUAUUUAUUAUUUACUAUUUAGUAGGUUAUAGCUAAUAGGUAUAGAAAAAAAUGCAAUAAUUAUUUAAAUUAAACAAGAAUUGCCUUUAUUUAUUAAUUAAUUAUCUAAUAUCUUUAUCAUCAUAAACUAGUAACUACAAAGUAAAAAAUAUUUAAAAGUUUAAGCAUAGACUACAUAAAAAAAUAAAUACUUAAGUCAAGUCACUCAAGUACCUAUAACAAAAUAAAAAUUAAACCCNAAAUAGUAAAUACUAAAUACAAAUGAAAAAAAUUAGGUUAACAUAUUGAAAAACUUAUUACUACUGAGUACUAACUAAAAAUAACAGUCCAUUGUUAUUAAAUUAAACCUCACUGGAUAGUGGAUUCUUAUCGGACAUAUUUGGGUAUUGGGUUAUUUCAGUUAUUUAUAGUUUUAACUUUUAACAUUUAUUUUCCAAUAAAAUAGUGAAACGAGUACUCGUUGAAGUCGUCGAGUACUCGUAUGUAUGAGUACAAAAAAAAAUUGUGUCGAGUCGAGUCGAGUACUCGAACUCGACUCGAAAAUUUUUCCAAUUUCGAAUACUCGCCCAACUCUAGUUAUCUUUGUAUGUGAUGGUCGUGAUAUCCAGUGAGUAAUACCUAAUUAAUAUUUUUUUAUUUUAAUUGCUAGGUUCAUUGUAUGUCUUUUGCUAUAACAAAUGUAUGCGUAAAAUUAAACAUACAUUUUUUUGUUAAUAAGUUUUAAAUUUUCAUACAAUUUUAGAUUGUUAAAAUGACGUUGUGCUUUGUUAUAUUGAAACUGUAAUGAAAGAAGUAAAAAGCAGUCUUCAUCUGGAGUUAAUUGUCAUGUGUUUCCAUGUCAAUCAAAAUCACUUACUAGGUUUCGAAGUUUGAUCAAUUAUUGUAAACAAAAAAACUUUAACCCUGGUAAUGGCGCGAGAAUUUGUUCAAAGCAUUUUAAGUCUGAAGACUAUAACUAGUCAGAUUUAUUAACAAAACAAUUAAUGCCUAAUAUAAAAGUCAAAGUAAAACUUAAUGCGGUUCCUUAAAAUAUUCCCUCUACUUGAAAUUCAUCAAAUUUAUCUGAACGAGAAAAAAGGCAGGUCAAAAAAAAAAACUAAUUAUAUUUUCUUUAAUGACAAGUACACCAAAAAAUUCAAAGCCCUCAUUUAGAUCUUUUGAAAAUAAUGAAUGUGAAUCGAGUGAUGUUGAUGAUGUAGAAGACGGUAAUUUAGUGGAGAUUACAAAUGAAUCAUUUGUGACUGGUAACCAAAACGAGAUCGGUAUACAAUGUGAAUUAGGUAGUGAAGUAUUAAAACGUCACCAUGAUUUAUCAUAAAUUUAUCUUUUGAUGUGAUUUUAACUUCGGAAGAUGAAAGUUUUGAAAUUUAUGAUGAGGUCAUCGAAAUAAAUCAAACUGGAAAAAAUUUCACGAAUAAAUGUAAAUCUAAAGAAAUAGAAAAUGAUCCGUGUUACAUUGUUUUCUGAGAGCGUGUCGAUUUUAUUUAUACGUUGUUAUUACUGUAAUGCUUAAAUGGAAAAUAUUAAUAAUUAUACCAAUGUAGCAAUGUUAGUUGUACAAACUGUAUGUGAAAAUGAGCAUAUUUUAAAAUAGACAUCUCAACCAUCUGGUAAACGACUUGUAGGAAAUAUUUUAAUGGAAGCUGCUUUUACGUUAUUCGGUAUAUUAUUUAAUCAAAUGAAAACUUUUUGUUCGUCUUUAAAAUUUGCAUUUUUUUCAAAAACAGUUUAUGAUAAAAUCAUUACAGCACCUGUAGUUAAACUAAUUUGGGAUCGACAUAGACAAAAUAAUAUAAACGAACUAAAAAUGGGUAGAAGUAUUUGGUUAGCCAAAGCUGGGACUCCCCGGUUUUUGUGCCAAGUAAUUCACGUACUCAGUCAUGCAUGUUCAAAGAUCCAAAGUAAUAGAUUUUAAAAUUACUCAAAAAGGUAUGGUUUAGGAUGACUUAAAAAAAUGCCUAUGAAUCGCUACUUCAAGAACUUGAAGAAAAAGACGAAUGUAACAUUAAUGUAUUUUUGACAAAUUGAUAUAAGAGAAUUCGUUGUUAUAUUCGAACACCUAUAUUCGGACAUCGAACAAAGGAAUGUAUAUUCGAUCAAUAAUUGCUAUUUUAGAUCAUAACAAUAAUACCGACAAAAAAAUAAUUGGAGAUAAAAUGGUUUAUUCCAAAACAAUAAAAAAUACUUAUGAAAACACUGAAGGAAAUUGAAGAAUAGACAUUAUAAAUAAAGUGCAUUUGAUGGAGAUAGAAGGCCCUUCGAGGCCACUGAAACUACCAGGAAGAAAUUGAAUACCAAAAACUAUUGUACAGACACCAAAGCCAGAUAUUGAAAAAUUAAAAUCAAAAAAGUAUUCUAGGUUUAAGUAGUGUAAAUUAUUACAUAAUGUACAAAGAUUAUAUAGUUAAAUAAUGUUUUCAAAUAUUCGAAAAUAUAUUUCUAUGUUUUUUAUUACUUGAUUAGUAACAGACACGUGUAUAGAUACGUCGCUGCCGUGAGUAGGAUUUUAUGAUGUCACACGUGAAUUUAAAAACGCCGUAACUCGAAAACUAUUUAACGUAAAAAAAUAUUAUUAGUGUCAUUUUUUUGUUUAGAUUUUUUGUGAUUUUUAAAGAAAAGUCUAAUUUGAGAGUAUAAUCCUUUAAUAUCAAAUAAUGAAAACUACUUUAGUAGUUAUACAUUAUAGUUAGUAUAAAUGAUUUUCAAAAAGAUUCUUAAUUUUAAUCUGUUAUCUACUCGUCGUACAAAAGCUGAUACAUCCUUCCUCACUAAAUUAAUUAAUGGAAAAAUUAUUUGUUCACCUCUUUUGGAACGUAUUUCUUUAAAUGUUCCUCAAUAUUACUCAUGAUCAUGUUUUACUUUCUAUACCAAAAUCAAUCCUACUAAUUAUGGGUAUAAUAAUCCCUUUGAAAGAAUAUUGAGGCUGGGAAAUAAAUCUGGAUUUGACUACUUUAAUCUUUAAGUUUUUAUUAAAUAUUUUGAGUUAACUGGAUAUUUAAUUUUUAUAUGUAUAAUAUUUUUAAUUACAUUUAGCUAAUGUUAUUUUUUUUAUUUAAUGCUGUUAUAGUCUAUGUUACUUGUUAAUUUUUACUUAUUAUGUUAUUAUUUUGAUGUAUAUUAUUCUCUACUUAAAUCAACUUUGGCGUUUAUUUAAAGAAAUAAGUAAAUACAUAAAUAGUUAGAUUAUUAGUUUAAUCAUAUUUCUAGAAAGAUUAUCUGUAAAAAUGAAAAAUGUAGUGAACACAAAAACUAAAUAGAAACUUAAUGAUAGUAAAUUGUGAUAAUCAACCAUAAAUUAAAUGUGGUAUAAUUUUUGACAGAAUUAAUUUUGAAAACUUUUUUUUUCUUCUUUAAUAUUCAUAUAUUGUUUGUAUUGUGUUAGUUCAUGAUUAUUUAUUUUGUGAAAUUUAAUCAUGAAAGUGAAAUAUUAAUAUAUAUAUAUAUAUUACGUUUUAGUCUCAAUUGUCCCAUGUGUAAUUUUUAUGAGUUUGUUAAUAAAUAAAUUAUGCCAGUGUAAUCAAUUAAUAAUUUUAUAAACAUUAUAACCUACAAUCUUCUACUAAAAUCUAGUUUGGGAUUAGAGUUUAAUGGUAAAAUACAUAUACUUAAUAUAUUAUAGUUAAAGUGGUUAAUUACUACCUUUUUUUUUACAGGUAUCAAACUUUCCUAUUUUUUUAGAUUUUGGUGAUGUUAAUAUUCAAAUAAAGGUAAAUGUUGAUGAAAUAUUUCUUGACAGUGAAGAACAAGAAAAAAUAGAACAUUUCCAUAAUAAAUUGUUUGUGGAUGUACUGGGUGUGAAAGAUUUUAUUUGUAGAUGUUACAGUAAUGAGGAUAAUGCAUACUUAAUUGUGCCUAUUUAUUCUAACGGUUUGAUAUAUUUUUUAUGUUUGUACAUAUGUGUUCUGUUUUUUUAUAUUUAAAUUAUUUAAGGUGGCAAAUUUAAUUUGGAUUGGAGUGUCAUGAAUAUUCAUGAAUUUGUUGAACUAGAAUUUCCUACAAUCGAACAAAGAGAAUCUAAAUUUUAUGAAGAAUAUCUAAAAACACCUCAUGUUAUUUCACCAUGGUACAGAAAUAUUGAACCAAUUCAAGUAAUAAUACAAAUUAGUUUAAUACAUUAAAAACAAAUUCAUUACGGUUGGUUUAUUUUAAUUGAAUUGAUUGUUAAUUUUUAAAUUUCAAUAGUCACAUUACUUAUUAAUGUUUUUGGUGCAAUAAUUGUUUAUAAAAUAAAUUUGCCGUAUGAAAAUAUUAAAUGAUUAUUUUAGGGGGGANUUAGAGAUACGUUGUCACUGAUGUUCAUUAUGAUAUGACACCUGAAAGUGCUUUCCCAACUAAUGAGUUUGAUACAUAUGAAUCAUACUUCCUUGAUAAAUAUAGCAUCAAUGUGAUGAAUAAAACACAGCCGAUGAUAAAAGUAAAAUCAUUGAGAGUGUCAAAAAUAAAUUAUUUAACUCCUAAGUAAUUAUAUUAUAUUAUUUAAUUUAAAGCAUAUAAUUUAUUUUCAAAACUUAUUUUAUAGAAUUUCCACUGGUAAAAUUGAUAAACGUAAUGAAUACAUUGAGAUACUUGUACCAGAAUUUUGUAUUUGGCAUAAGUUUCCAUCAGAUUAUUGGUUAAAAGCAUUAAUGUUACCAACUAUAUUAUUUCGAUUAAAUUCAUUAUUACUUGCAGAAAAUCUUCUAGUAAAAAUAAAUACUAUGUGCAAUAUUAUUGUAGAAAAAAAUGAUCAAGGUAAAUCAAAUUUAGUAGGUGAUUUGCUUUAUAGCAUAAGUGUUUAAUCUUUUGUUUCAUUUUUAGAGGAUAAGGUGGAGAUGGAUAGUUUUUGUGGAUUUAAUGAGGGUAAAAAGAAAGCUAUAAUUUUACCAAUUGGUGAAACUUUAAAAUCCAUAAGCAAUUUACACGAUACUAUUGGUACUACUUGGAACUCAAAAUGUAUGCCCUUUGAUAUAGAUAGACAAAUAAAUACUACAAUGCUUGAUGUUUUAAAUUACCAUACAUUUAUGAAUGAUAUGAAAGAACCCAAAACUAGGGAAAAUACAGUGAGUAAAAAUAUAAAAUUGUACGCAAUUUAGUUAUGUUGUAUUAAUUUAAUAGUUUAAUGUAAAAAUUUUUAAAGUAUGGACAUUUAUUUAAAUUAAAAUAAUGUUUAUCUUGAUUUAGUUAUUUUUUAUAUAUUUAUUUAUUUUCAAAAACUAAUUAUGUUUCAAAGUUCCCAUUAAUUAAACUAAUUUUAAAAAGCACCAUUACGUGUUAAAAAAAUCAAAAAUGUUACAAAAUUAUUUUUGCAUUAAAUAAGUGAUGGGUAAAUUAAAACUUAUACGUAUAAAUUAUAAUAUUUUUUUUUUUUAUUGAGAAAAUAUUGUUAUUUGUGAAUUAAUGUAUCAUAAAAUACAAAAUGACAAAAUAACAUAAAUUAUCAUUUUACACUUUAUUUUUUAAAAUUUAUAACUAAAAAAAUUGCUUUUAGCAGACCUUGAGUCACUUGAAUCUAUAAUUUUAUUUCUAAAGAAAAUGUGGAAUUUGGGAUCUUUCUCUGUUAUAAAGGUUUGAAAAUUGAAAACCUUAAAAGACUCAUCAUUGUCAUUACAGUUAUGUUAUUCAAAAUGACAUCCCCGCUGCUUUAUUUAAGAGGCAAAUAAGUUACAAAGAGUGUCUAAGAGAAGUGCAAAGGACAAAUACGAUAAUAUAUUUAUAUAUAUAUUUCAUGUUACAGUAAAAUUUUCCCUUGCUUAUAUUUUGGCAGUGAAUUAAGGAUCCGUUGUGUACUAACAUAAUAAAUGCGAUAGUAAUUUAAGUAGAAACUCGUAUCAGGUUUGUCACUUGAGGUCAUCAACAGCGGACCACAGCCCCUUAAAAAUUACGAAGUUCGAUUACUGGCAACACUUAGCAGAUAUGCAGAUCGGCACAGGAUUUCUUACAGACGGGAGAGACUUUAUCAGUGAUGUCCUCCUGAGACACAAAUUCUUGGUGAAGCAACGAGCCUUGUCUACGGUGGGUGCCUAAUUCAAUUAGUAAGAGAGACGGGUAUUGAUUAGUUCGACGAAUCUGCUACCAAAGGAUACCCAUGAAAUAGUCCAAUAUGAUGCUAGGUUGCUUAUAGGGAAGUAUGGCAAGCAGGUUAAACAGGCCAUUAUAGAGCAUCGGAAUCGUCUUAAGGAUACGGAACUGCCUCUGAAUAUGCGUAUUCUCGAUAGAAGAACAAGUUAAUUACGAGAAUGAUGCGGGGCAUGAAGAAACAAGAGUUUAUGAAAUUAAAUAUAUCUCCAUGGGUGGCACCCGUGGUGUGGUUUGAAAAAACCCAAAAGAACUAUGUAUUGGAAGCAUAGAUUAACGAUUAAAACUUCUUCACGAUGCUUGAAAAUCAAGUUAAGAAAUUGUAUCGAACAAGAACAAACAGAUUUCCAAGAUUGUCCCAGAAGAUGUGUUUAUUGUUUAACAAAAGAGAAUCGUAAGACUAACACUCUUUUUGAAUCAUUUUGAAUAUUUGUAUAGAUAUAUUUAAGUGAAUCAGGAAAAAUAUAUUGAUUGAUAUAUUGAUGUACACAAUUUAGAAAAUAUGUUUUUAAUUAUCUGGUUCAACUAAUAUUUUGUUAUAAAUAAAAAGAAUAUAGAAUUCACUAAAAUAGAAUCCUUCAACACAUUGAAUUCUUAUUAUUUACUUUAUUUUUGUGUUUAUGAUACAUUAAUUUGAAGUUUUUUUAUUAUUAUGACACCUUCAAAAUAGCAAAAUUGGUGACAUCAUUUUAGGGGUAAAAGUUUUAAAUCUAUACUUAAAAUAUAAAUUUAAUAACAUAAUAAUUUUCGCGAAAUUCUAUUAUAAAAUUGUGUGAUACUAUUUUUGACCAAUUUUAGGAAAAAAACAAAUUCCUACUUUUAUUUUAUGAACUUAAUACUAAUAUCACGAAUGUGGGUUUAUUUUAUUCCCAUUGUAAAAAUAAUUUAUUAUAAGAUUUAUAAUAGUUAAUUUUGUUUAAAAAUAUAAUUUAGAUUCAGAGCAUAGUUACAGGGGCUAGUCAGGGGGCUAUGUAAAGUUAGCCUCCUAAAUAGUUUUAAAUUAUUACUUUUUAAUAACUUGUUUGGAAAAUCUAAAAAUUAAUUUGCAAAAUAUUGACAAACUUAAAAUUGAUCUGACAUUAUGGGGGGUAAUUUCACAAAAAUGUAAUAUUCUUAUAUUAUAAAGCUUUUAUAUUACAAAUAUUUAAUUAAUUGUAUAUAUUUUUUAUUUUAGAUUGAAAUAGAUACAAUACUAACAAAUGUAUUAAGUGAAUUAAACAUUUUAAGAUUUUCUGAUAGCUUGCCACCUGUAUUGGAGCCAUUACUAAAAAAACUCUCAGAUAUAAAAACGAGACCUACUCAAAGUGACAUUUUAAAAGUAAUUAAAGUUAUUUUUUUCAAAUUUAAAUGCAUAUAAUAAAAUAUAUAUAUACUAGAAGUUUACAAAUCGCAAGUUUUUGUAAAGUUUCAAUGUAGUUUAAUAAGUCACUUACUUUUUCUAAAUCACAUCUUGUAAAAAUGAAAUAGUAAUUACUAGGACAGAAGACUUUUAGCAUUUAAAUAUUUAUUUUGUGUAUUCAUAAAAAAUGUUUGUUAAAACAAAUUUAUUUCACGAUACCACAAAGCUAAAAAUAUAGUUUAUAUGUUUGGGCAAAUUUUGAUCUUUUUGAUUUUUGAAGUGUUUGUAGUUUUAUUAUGAGUUUUUAGGUCAUUUUUUUUAAGGUUUCGUAAAAAUAACAUUUAUCAAAACAAUAAUCAUUAAUUUUUUUAUUAAAAAUUUGAUAUUUGAGUGUUAGAAAAAGAAAUGUCAAAUUAAAUAUAUUUAAAAAUCAACCAAUGUAUCUAGUGUACUAAUUUACUUAAUUUAUUUAAUAAAAAAUAAAAGUAAGACAAAAGUUUUUUUUUAUUAUUGGAUCAUGGUAUGGCAUAUUAUUAAUCAAGUAGGAAAAUGUUUUUUAAAUCGCUAUAUAAAAUGUGUAGAAUCUAUUUUUAGUGCAUAAUUAUUUGGAGUUCUCAAGUGUAUAAGUGUUUACAUAUUUUGUUUUUUUUUUUUAGAACUACAUGUCUUCUGCCCUAGUAAUAACUAACAAAUUUACUUAGUUAUCAGUUAUUAAACAAUGAUAAACAUAAUAUAAUAUGGAGAAUUAAAAACAUAAUCUAUUUUUAUUUAUAAUGUACUAUGAGUAGAAUUAGGAUUUGAGAAGGUAAACAAUUCAACUAGUUAUGUACAGUUUUAACUGUAUACAUUUUAAAGUUCAUUAAAUAUUAAAAAAUUUAUGGAAUAAUUAAAUGAUGGACUUCUUCUUGUUUUUCUUCUUUGCCUUCAUCAAAUUGGUCUAUACCGACCUAUUCUAUACUUACAUUUGACCAGAUCUCACAUUUUGCCUACAUCAGCUGUUUUCAUAUCACCCUCAAUUGCAAUCCAGUCAUCUUUUUUUUUUUAGUUUUUCUCCUACUAUUUUUUUGUGUAUUUAUUUUUAUUACAAUGCUUAUUUAUUUAUUCAGAUUCUUCUCUCCUCAUAACAUGCUCAAACUAUCUCAAUCUAUUUUAUCUCAUUUGAUCUAGCUAGUUGAAAGCUACCUCUUAUGUAUUCAUUGCUUAUCCUAUUUUCUCUUGUCACGUAAGCAUGUUAUUUAUGCUACAUUCAUUUUCUUUUCUAUUUUUUUGACAACUGCCAAAUACUCCUAACCAUAUGGUUAUUGUUCAUUAGCUUUCUAGUUCUGUUCCUUCAAACUCAUAAUCUGUUUAUUUCUACUUAUUCUUAGCUCCUUUCCUUCAAGUACUACUCUCCAUUUUUCAAGCCUAUUAUUAACUUAAUCCAGAUUUUCUCCUAUUGAAGCAAUAUCAUCUGUAAAAUAUUAUGUACUGUGAUACCUCCUCUUACUUGUUAUCCCUGCGCACAUUUAAAAUAUAUCAAAAUCUUGUUUAGAACUCUGCAUACUGUUUGACAGAAUUUUACUGACCUGACACAACUCCAUUUGUUGCCACUUAUAAUAGGUAGAGGUACCAUAUUCUGAUACCCUUCCACAUGGAGAAUUAAAGUGAUAUACAAAGUGUAUAAUAAAGCAUUUUAACAUUUUGAUCCUAAAAUUUUUAUUUAAUUUAAUAAUCAUAAAUAUUAAAUUUGUUUAUUUUAAUAAAUCAACUAAAUUUCAAAAUGAUUUGAGAAAUACUCUUGAAAUUAUGAUUAAACAAAAAAAGAAAAAGAUAACCCAUUAAAUCCCCUGUAUCCAAACAUUAUUUUUGUUGUCAUUUAUUAAAAUGUAUAGGUUUUGACAACAUCUUUGGCAAGAGACAUGUUUAACUAUGAGCGCAUGAAAACUUAUGGCAAUAGCUUUCUAAAAUUUGCUAUUUCAUUAGCAUUAUUUGAUGCAUUUCCAGCCAAAAAUGAAGGAUUUCUUACUGAUUUAAAAAUGAAAAUAGUUGGUAAUCGAAACUUAACUUAUGUUGGAAAGAAUAUAGAUAUUGGAUCCUAUUUAAAGGUAUUUAAACAGUUAAUAGAAGCUUCAAAAAAAAAAAUCAAAUGUAUUUUAAUAUUUAUUAUAUUGUAGGUUAAUGUUUUCAACCCAGUGGAUUGGAUACCCCCGUGUUUUUCUGUUUCUACAAAAAUAAAGGAAAUCAUUGAAAAAGAUAGUCUGAAAUCAAAUGUACUUCAACAAAUAUCCAUUCCAAGAGACGAAAAAUUUUCAGGUAAAUUUAAUCAAUAUUUUAAACUAUUUAAGAUAUUCUGAGUGUAAUGAAGAAGCUUAUGGUUUUACAAAGAUGUUUAUAUUUUUUUUUAAUCUUUGCACAACUUUUUUACUAGAAAUAUUGCUCCUACUUUUAAGUGGAGCACCUUUUCUGAAAGGUAAUAAGUGUGGGAAGCUUCUUUAAUAGGCCAUUUUUAAAUUUCCUCAAGAGUUUUCCCAAAAAAUGAGAAAAUCCGGGAAAAAACUUAGGAAAUCCGGAAAAACGUAAGAAAACCGGGAAAAUUGGUACAAUAUUAAACAGAUAUUAUUAAAGAAAAUUUAUAAAUUCUAUUUUAUUAUUUUACUAUAAUAUGACAUAUAUAUUGUCGAAAAAGCAUCACCAUCAACUGAACUCUGCUCUUAAUCGUUUUUCAUUAACAAUGGUUUAUUGUUGGCUCCCCAUAAUCCUAUAACGUCUUUUUAAUUUAAAAUACAAAAAUAAUAUUUAGUUUAUAAAAUGUAUUUUAUUAGUAUUCAGACAAACCAUAUUAAAAAAUAAAAAUAAAUUAGAUGAUAACAAUUGUUUUUAUAUGUAAUGUUUUAACUUUAAAUAUAUUUUUAUAUAUUAGGUAUUAAAUUUUAAAUUAAUUUAAGAACCAGUUAAGAAUCCAUAGUUUAUAAGUCCAACAUAGGGCGAAGUCACCUAUGACUAGUGUCCCUGCUAUGGACACUAAUUUUUAUUUUAUCCAUAAAUAGUGUAAUUUUUUAAUUUGAAAAUGGUUAUUUUUGUAUUCAGCUACAUUAAUUAAUUGAGUGGUUGAUAAUGUACAGAAAUAUUACUCCGAUUUAUAAUGACAGCACUUUUUUUAAAAAGAAAUCUGACCGAGAAGGUACUUUUGACAAGUCAUUUUUUGAUUUUCUCAGAAUAUUUGCCAAUAAUUAGGAAAGAACAUGGGAAAAUUAGGAAAACAGGAAAAUAGGUGUAAUAUUAAAAUAAAUAUUAUUAAAGAAAAUAUUUUAUGCAUAUGUAAUUAUUUUACCAUAAUAUGACCAGUGCAGUAAUAAGAUACAUUAAAUUUGUAUCUAGAUACAGAUACAAGUAUUUUAAAUUACAUUUAAUAAAAUAGAUACAUUUUUUAAUAAAUAUUUAAUUCAUUAAAAAUAUAUGAUUAUAAAAUUAUAAAAAACAAAUAAUGGGUACAUAAUUUAUAAUUUUAUGUCAGUUUUUGAAUAUCAUUUCAUUCUUAUAAAGUUAUAAGUUAUAAUACAUAAUAUAUAACAAAAUUAAAGUAUUGGUUUAUUAUUGGUAGGUAAAUAUAAAAUAAAUAAUGGGUAUUAUUCACUUGUUAAUAUACAAUAGUCAUACACUCAUUCAUAAUAAUUUAUAAUAAUAUAGAAAUCAAAAAAUAUUAAACAAUAAGUAAAUAUCACAAUAAAUUGUUGAUAUUUUUAUUUAAACAAAAUUAGAUUUUAAAAUUUUACAUUUUAUUUGUGUAUUUUGUUGAACCAAAAAAGUAAGAAUUCCAUCUUAAAAAGUAUCUUAGAAACUUUUGUUAAGAUAUACAAUAUUUUGUAUCUAAGAUUUAGAUACAGAUACAUAUUUUUAGAAAGUAUAAAUACAUGUAUUUAGAUAUAUUACAGCACUUAAUAUGACAUAUAUAUUAUUGACAAAGCAAUACUAUCUACUGAACUACACUCAUAUUCAUUUUUUCGUAAUCAGUGGUUAAUCAUUGCUUACAGAUGUACAUUAAAUUCCCGUCUGUAUUCUACUUUCCCAACUUCCCACCUACAACAGUAGCUACACCCGUCUUCAUUAUACUAGGACAGCUUUUUUAAUUUGAUAAGACAUAUGGUUAUUUUUGUAUUCGUCUACAUUAAUGAAUUUUAUGGUCGAUGUCAAUUAUGACAAAAACGUAGAUAGUGUAGGAUGGCCAUAAAAUGUGAAGAUGCAAUAGGUAUUAAAUUAUUAAUACUAAUUUUACAUUCCAUUAGAUUCUUGAGAUUUUGGAAUUCAAAUUAUAUAUUAUAUUACUUAACUUAUAAUGUAUUUAUAGUUUAGAUUUGUAUUCUUUUUCAAUUAUUGUAGAUACAUCAAAUAUUAAUUUUAAAAACUUCUAUGCCACCCUAUAAUGAUUAAUUUAAUAUAUUUUUUAGGAAAAUUGUCAGGGAACACUUGGAUUGACAUAGUAACUGUGAUCCUGAAGUGUGAAGAAAUAUUUGGUACACCAAUUUCUUAUAAUGAUGAUGGAAAUUCAGAUUUAGAUAAUUCACAAUCUGAUUUAUUUAUACACAAAAAAACAGUUUCAGAUAAAAUGGUAGCUCAUUGUGUAGAAUCACUAAUUGGAACUUAUGUAAAAGUAAGUUGGUUGAACAAAAAUAUACCUAAUACUGAAAAUAUAUUUUUUUUUAAAUUCGAAAUUUUAGAGCUGUGGAGUUGAAGUAGGCUUCAAGGUUCUUCAUGGUCUUGGUAUCUUACCAGAAAGAUGUUUUGACAAACCAAAAGAAAAACAAUCAAAUUAUAAAUUUCUAAAUUGUUCAACAAUUUUACCUGGAUAUGAAAUACUAGAAGGUCGAAUUGGUUAUUCAUUUAAGAAUAAGAGCUUAUUAUAUCAAGCUCUUACCCAUCCAUCUUACCAACUUGGAAUUACUGAAUGUUACCAAAGACUUAAAUUUCUUGGUGAUGCUAUACUAGGUUAGUUAAAGGUAUUUUGUUAAAAUAAUCAUUUCAUAAAAAAAUUAAAAUAGGUAAACACUCCAAUAUUAAAACUAACAAAACAAGAUCAUUUCUUCUGAACAAUGAGUGUUUUUUCGUUUACGACGUGCUUUGUAAAUUAUUUACCAUACGAGAGAUGACUUCGGUUGGCUCUGACAGCAUUCCUCAACAUUUUAUCUAUUAGAUUAUGCGAAUUAUCACUUUGUCACUAUAGUUGUUUUUUGACACUCCCUUGAUGAAGGUGUUUUCCCCGGAAUUUAUAAAAUCAACCACAUAACUUCAAUUUUCAAGUCUAGUAUUAUGCCAGACAUAAAGAACUACCAACCAAUAUCAAUUCUUUCUCAUUUGUCAAACGUGUUUGAAUCUCUAGUUUUGGAUAGUAUUAUGCCCUUUUCAAAUUCAAUCUUAAUCGAUGAGCACUAUCAUUUUCAUCAGGGACGUUCAAUUGAAACUUGUAAUAAUACAUUUUGUAAAUAUAUUUAUGAUCCAUUUAAAUAUGGAUCCCAUGUGGACGUUAUCUAUACAGAUUUUACUAAUACAUUCAACUCCUUGAACCAUGAAGCAUUUGUACCUGUAGUGGUAGUGCUUGGGUUCAGUUAUCCUCUAUUAGACUAGAUACGUUCCUAUAUUCUAAAUAAGCCUCAAUGAGUUAAGCUUUUCAGCUUCGUCUUGUAUAUUUAUAACCACGUCUGGAGUUCCACAAGGUAUAUAUUAAAUUACCUAUAACAGUGACUGUACCUGUCCUCAUUAUCCUAGGACAGUUUUUUUUUAGCAUUAAUUGUUUAAAUUAUUAUAGAAAUUUUAUAAUAUUUCAGAUUUCAUUAUUACAACAUAUAUAACUGAGCAUUGCAGUAAUAAAACUACUGAAGAAAUAACAGAUAUUAGAUCAUCACUAGUAAAUAACAUUACAUUUGCAUCAUUAAGUAUUCGCAUUGGGUUGCAUAGAUUUCUUCUGUCUAAUUCAAUAAAAUUAACUGAAGCAAUUGAUCGUUUUUAUGAAUAUCAACAAAGAAUUGACCAUAAAAUUAGCCAAGAAGUAAGACUAAAAUAAAUUAACUUUCAUACUGUCAUAUAGUUGAUUAUUAUUUAUUUCUUUAGGUUCUAUACCUUAUAGAAGAAAGAGAUUAUUGUGUUGCUGAAUCUAUUGAUGUACCAAAAGUAUUGGGAGACUUGUUUGAAUCACUAAUAGCUGCAAUUUAUUUAGAUUGUGGCCGAGAUUUAAAUUUUGUCUGGUCUAUUUGCUAUAAAUUUUUGGAACAUGAAAUUAGUAAGUUAAAAUAUAUGUGAUAAUAUUCAUGGUUUGAUAAUUUAUGUCAAAAAUAAUGCAUUUUAUAUAAAUCACGCAUUCAAAUUAUGCGUGAAUAUUUUAAUGUAAUAUCUCUUAAAAUUACUUUUUUAUACUACCUAUUUAUAUUUAGUUUACUACUUUAAUUUUGAAAACAUGUUGAUAAUAUAAUAUACCAAUUAGGAAAUUUAAAAAUAACAUUAUAAAUUGGUUAAUAAUUUUUUGAUUGCAGAGGAAUUUUCUACAAAUGUUCCCAAAAAUCCUAUAUGUGUUUUAAACCAAAUUAAAGUAUGGCCAAUUUUCAGGUUUGUACUAUUCUAAUAUAAAUUUCAAUUACUUACACAUAUACUAAAAUUGAUAAAUUUAAUAUGUAUUUAAAUACUGCAUUCACUAAAUUAGUUUUCGUAUUUCAUUAUCGGAAAAACCAUUUUUAAAACAUGAAUAUAUUUUACUAUACAAUAUAUUUAUAUUUUACAUAAGAGGUAAUUUAGGUGUGAAUUUGAUAGUGGACAAAAUGAGAGAAAAUAAAUAGAGACGGUUUGGACGUCAUAAGAAGAGACGAAUGGGAAAAGUAAGAAUUGUAAUGAAAAUGCGAUCAAAUCAAGUGGAAGUUUAGGACUAGGGUUGCUGAUCCCAAAUAGUUGAAAUGAAAUUAUGAAGACGAAGGAGAAGAACAAGAAAUUUAACAUUUUUUAAAUAAGAUAUAAUUUUCAGUUAUUAAAAGUAUCCUAAAAAUCCUUAGAACUUUAUUUAUGUAAUUAGUAGGGUACGGAUUAUAAUAUAAAUUGCAUUUUUUCUAAAUGUCGUAGGGCAAUGCUUUUCAUGCACACAAUUUGUUUUAUAUGUCGAAGAAUUAAAAUUUGAAAUUUUUAUUUUGCAUUUGUUUAUAACAUUUUAGUGCAUGCAUUUUUAAGUUUUAAAGUCAUUUUUUUUUCGUUUUACAAACUUCAUAGUUAUCAAAAUAUUUGAUAAAAUUUAUUUUGAUUUUCUUCUACUAUAUAACCAUAUAAUAAAGGUCAGUCUUACCACACUUUUGUAGAACUUAACUUUAAGUCUCAUUGGCCUAUUAUGAAUAAUUAUUCUAUAUAUUUAUAAUAAUGUUUCUUGCAACAUUUAUACCUAUUAAUAUUAGUAGUUUUUUAUUAUAACAUAUUUUAAAUAUCUAUCUUGAUAGGUACCUGUUUUAUUUGGCUAUUUGAAAGAUAAGUUUAUGAAUAAUACAUACAUAUUCAAAAAAAAUAGUUAUCUUUAUUUUAAUUUAAAAAUAUAUAUCCUAAUCUACUCUUAUCAACUCUUAAUAAUGUGUUAGUAUUAUAAUUAAAACUUUAUACAUUUAAGCUUUUGAGCGGACAUACAAAUAUAAUUGCUUAACUAUAAAAUGUAGGUACUUAUUAUUUAUUUUUCUGGUCUGUGAACAACUUUUCUAUCAGAAAUUUUAAAUUAAAUAAAUAAAAAAUUACAAGAGUAAUUUUCCCAAAAUAUGUAUAUUGUCAUUUUUUAAAUGUAGUAAAACAUUUUGAAUUUUUAAGCUAUUAAAAGAUAUUUGACCUUUUAAAUAUUUUUUUCAGUUUUUGUUUGAUUUUAUGUUUAAAAUUGUUUUGGGUGAACAAAAAUAUCUGAAAAUUCAACACGAGGUUAAUCAUAAAUUGCAUUUGGUGGUGAAAAAUAGAUUAAUAUUUUUUUUAUAACAAGUUUCAAUUUCAACAAUUAUAAAAAUUCUAAUAAUUAAGGCAUUUCAAAAUAUUUAUAACUGAACUUCGCUUAGAAUCGUAUUUUGUCAACAAGUUUUAAUUAUUAGAUAGAGAUAUAAAUUAAAUAAUUAUGUAUCUUAACUAUAUAACGUUUUUUAUUUUACUAAUAACCUUUUGAGAAAAUGGUUGCUAUGGUAAUUUUUAAAUGUUCUCAAUUUAUUAUUUAUAGAAUUACCCAAAUGUUUUUAUUGAUUAUAAAUACUAUACACUGUGUUUUAUUUAUUUUUCAAGUUUGUUAUUUUGUUUACAGUAAACCUCCUGCUUUAAAAAAAUCAAUGGAAAGAGGUAUGGAAACCAUGAUGCAGCUAGAUUUAACUGUAAAUAAUGAAAUCAUGACUAUUUAUGGAUUUGGCAACAAUAAAAAGGAAGCUAAAGUUGCUGCGGCCAAGAUGGCAUUAAAACAUUUGAAAAAAAUUAUGUAA